AUGGGGCCCAAGGAUAUGAUUCAAGAGCUGCAAGCAGAGCAUGGCAUUGACGUUCCUCUUGCUGCUCCCGUCCUUCAUCUGACGGAUACCCUUGCUGUGCCAAGGGCUAUGGUCCUGGCGCCACUGGCUGACAAACUGGCAGAGACGCUGCUGGCUCGAGUCAAUGCUGCGCCCAUCGAGAAUCUGCGUGGUCUCCUCGCAGAGUCCUUCCGCUACACCGCCCAUCCUGUCCUUGGCGCAGUUCCUGUGGCCAUCAUGGCUCGUCUGCCUUCGCUUCCACAGUCGUUCAUCAAGCUUCUUGCUGCCUCGCCGCCGCUGCUCGCCGCCUCGCCGCUCCACGUUCGCCAGCAGACAUGGGCCGCCUACCCCUCGCUCUUCCGCGAUCAUCUCUCGGCUCUGCUGGCGCCGUACCUGGCUCCGUUUGAGGCCAUGACUGCUGCUGCGCCACAGCCUGCACCAGCUAACAAGGUCUGCGGCAUCCGCCUCCGCCUCCCGGCCGGGACCAGCCUCUCGCCGUGGACAAGCCCGCGCGCCGAGACCGUCGCCCGGCUCGGCCCGCUCGCCGACACCUCGCGCCGGCACGAGGUUGGUCCAGCGGCGGCCGGCACCGCCAUCCCGUCGUGUGCAGUGCUCGGAGAGCUUGCAUGGACACUAGGCAGCAUCCUCCCGCUCUACAACGUGGUGCUUGAGGAGGCGCGAUCGCGGUUUGUGGGCGCGGCGUCGCUCGGCGUGCUUGCGGCGUACGCCUCGCUCCGCGCCGACGUGCUCGUGGCGCUGACGGCGUCGGGCAAUCCGACGAUUGUGCGGGCCGAUCCGCUCUCGCCGUUUGUCGACCUUUUCCACGGCCGCUUUGCCCACGCAGCGAGCUUCGACGAGCUCGUCGGCGACGCUCCGCUCCUCGCCAGCCUGCUCGAGCUCUACGCCCGCAUUCCCGAGGCCUCGCCGCUGCUUGGCGACCUUGGCAUGGUGCUUGCGCAGCCUGCGGUGUACGAGUGGCUUGUCCACGCUGCACUCCGCAAGGUCCAUGCCGUCAUGGAGGCACAGGCACUCCCGCGCGACUCGACCGAGCUGACGGCGCUGACGCAGCUGGCCAUGCUCGCGGUGCAGGCCCGGGUCAUGAUGCUCCGCCGGCAGUUUACCUUUGACGCCUCGCUGGACCUCGCCUCGCCGGACGACCACCUUCGUGGCUUCUUCCCCGCACUCAUCAGCCUCCUCCUCGACUUUAGCAUGGAGAGCGUGCCGCCGUCGCUCGACGACAUCGACCCGAUGCUCCUCGGCUUUGCAGCCCGUUCGCCGUUUGCGCUCCAUCUCCUCAUUGCGCUCCUCGGUGAAGGCCUCGCCUCGGGCACACUCUCCGGGUCGAGCGCCAUCUUUCUUGCCGGCGUCAUUGGCUACGGCAUCGACGCCGCGGUCGCCAUCCGGGCCCGGGCCCAGGCGGCGCUCGCCAAGGUGCGGGCCGAUCCUGCGACGCGGCACGCGCCCGCCGACGACGGCGAGAACGAGUUUGACGACAUGGACGAGGACGAGCUGAGUCUCGCGCUCUGCGAGCAGGUCGAUCCGGACUCGCUCGCUCCGUGCAUUCUGCGGCUGGCGGCGCGGGUCGGCGAGGUCGCUGCCCGCUCCGCACUCCGCGGGUACGCGGUGCGGAUCCUGAAGGCGCUCGCCGACGCCAACGUGACUGAGCUCUCGGACCACGCCAAGGCCGUGUACAGCGGCAUUCUCGACGCACUCUCGCUCGCGGCGCCGGCCGACGCGACGACGGUCGGCGGCCUGCUCGCGGCGCUGCAGCCGCGGCUGGCGUAG